UCAGCUGAUAGGCGCAAGUAGAUUUAGUAAAUUUACCACAAGUUGCUAUUAAAAUGCAUUUAAACUUAAAAAUAACUUAAAAUAAUUGCCAAAAAGCUAAUGCGCCGCUUGUUUACGUCGGUCAACGCCCAAAUAAUGUCAAAGAACAAGGGAAAAUCAAAGGCCGCCGUUGAAAGUGCGAAACACGACGCUAAAUCGACGCCGGCUAAGGAACCCAGUCCGAUUUCAGUCGAUAAGAGCGGCAAUAUAUGCAUACAAAUCCUGGCCAAGCCGGGUGCUAAGCAGAACGGAAUCACAGGAAUUGGCCUGGAAGGAGUAGGCGUCCAAAUCGCCGCACCACCCAGCGAGGGAGAAGCCAACGCGGAACUGGUCAAGUUCCUCUCAAAAGUUCUGGGUCUUCGAAAGAGCGACGUUUCUCUGGACAAGGGAUCUCGAUCCCGCAACAAGAUAAUAAUGAUAAGCAAGGGUGUGUCCACGGUGGAGUCCAUUGAACAGCUGUUGCGCAAAGAAUCCGAUUCAUAGAUUUGUUCCUUUCUCAAUAAAUACUCAUUCAGAAAUUUGAUUUUUAAAACACA